CGUCCAUGGCCUCCGCAAUCAUCUAGACCGCUGGAAACUUGCCAGCUUGGCCUUUAGACACUGAAGCUGCGUCGGAAAUGGGGGAACUAUUACCCUGACUUGUCUGUCAUCCAAUACCCAGCAAGCUUCUCACUUCAGCCUGGAGUUCUGCUUCACUUGGACAAUAUUUGGCGCAAGUUGCUCAGAUACAGCUCGCUCGGCACUGUGGCCCCCAUGACCGUCGCAUGGCUGAUCUCAGCCUCUCUGUGCAACGUCAGAGCGGGUGUUAGGCCCGAAAUGCCGCCCAGGACAUAUCGUUUUCCAGGAAAUCCAUCCGGGGCGCUUUCUGCAGGUCACACGCCCACCAGCCCCCACUUCUCUUCCCUCCCGGCACUUGCCCGGCACCAUUCUUGCUCUCUCCGUCCCGCCGACCUUCCGCAUAAUCAGAUCUCCAACGAUGAGGCCGGUCCGACCGCCCGCCUCUCGAGCCCCCGCCGACGUAGCGCGGGGUGUACUUAAAGAGUGAACGCACAGGCGUCUUCCCCAUCGUACUCCCCCCUCCCCCAUUCUUCCCCCACAUUGCCCCGCAUGGUCAACACGAUUACCAAGAUUGAGGUGCGCGAUCUGACACUGUCCCCUCCGCUCGUUACUCAUCACCAUCUGCCAGGUCUUCCGCCUCCCGCCACGCUGGGUAUUCAUCCGCGUCGAUACCUCCAGUGGUGUCGUCGGCUGGGG